UUGGGUUGGUGCAGUGCACAAGGGACUUGUACCCCGAUGACUGUUACAAUUGUAUUGUUCAGGCAGUGGGGAGCAUACCGAUCUCGUGCAUGGGGAGGCAGGGGUGCAAGGUGCUAGGGCAGAGCUGCGGUAUUCGAUAUGAAAUGUACCCUUUCUUCAACAGUUCGGCUACAGAGGUCGCCUCUCCUCCGCCGUUAUUGAUUCCAAUUUCAUCUCCUACUAGCAAUGAAGGAAAUAGUAACAACAGUAGGGGAACAACAUUAUUUAUCGUCAUCCCUGUGACUGCGGCAGCGUUGCUGUUCCUUUGUGCCAUGUUUAUUUGUUGCCGAAGAGCAAAAACAACAAUACCAAGAUGGAAAUCACUUUCACAUACAUUCAAAAAUAAAGAUCAACGUGAAGUAAGAGGUGCAGAAUCUUUAUUGUUUGAUCUUGAGAGUAUUCGAAUAGCUACAGACAACUUCUCUGAUGCAAACAAGCUAGGAGAAGGAGGAUUUGGACCGGUUUAUAAGGGAAGACUAGAGAAUGGAGAGCAGAUAGCAGUUAAAAGGCUUUCACGAAGCUCUGAUCAAGGACUAGUUGAGCUGAAAAAUGAAGUGCUUCUCGUUGCCAAACUUCAACACAGAAACCUUGUCAGGCUGCUGGGUUGUUGCAUAGAGUCAGAGGAGAAACUAUUGGUUUAUGAGCACCUUUCUAAUUCAAGUCUUGAUAAAUUUUUGUUUGAUCCUUUGAAGAGAGUGCAAUUAGAUUGGGCAAGGAGAUUUAAGAUCAUUGAGGGCAUCGCUAGAGGACUUCUCUAUCUUCAUGAAGACUCACGACUGAAGAUCAUUCAUCGAGACCUAAAAGCGAGUAACAUCUUGCUAGAUGCAAAUAUGAGCCCUAAAAUUUCAGAUUUUGGUCUAGCAAAGCUUUUCAGUGUAGAUGAAACUCAAGGAAACACUAGUAGAAUUGCUGGAACAUAUGGAUACAUGGCACCAGAAUAUGUUCUUCAUGGCGCCCUAUCAAUUAAAUUAGAUGUGUUUAGCUAUGGUGUGCUAACUUUGGAGAUCUUGACUGGUCAAAAGAAUAAUAAUUGUCGAGGGUCAUCCUCAGAGUAUUCCAUCGAUCUUGUUACUCAUGUAAGUAUGAUCACAAAGAUCUGGCGCAAAUGGACUCAAGGAAAUGCUCAACAAACAAUUGAUCAAAAGCUAGUUGAUCAAUGUCCGACUCAAGAAAUACUAAGAUGCAUGCAUAUAGGAUUACUGUGUGUGCAAGAAGACCCAAUUCAAAGACCUACUAUGGCCAAUGUUAUUCUUAUGCUCAACAGCCAUUCUAUUAGUCUUCCUACACCUUUAGCUCCAGCAUUUGUCAAUCAUAGUGGUAUAAGCCUUGAAUCAGAUGGUGUUUCAGCCAGGGACAAGAAUUUAUGUGAAAGCAACGGAAAUCCAACAAAAGUUUCUAUAAAUGACAUUUCAAUCUCUGUGUUGGAGCCUAGAUAA